AUGAAUGCACCUAUGACCUCACUUUCCUCAAAUUCAUCUUCUGCUGAAGGAAAUCAUGUGUCUCUCUUGUGGGGUUGUGAAUUGAAUCACACCACCCGGAGAUGCGUAGUGAAAGAAGAUGAUGACUUAUUAGAACACUUGGUAUACUUGAGGACGGUGUCCCUGGGGGAAGAUGCUGAUGAUGAGACCCAUGUGGUGGCUGUCGAAUCUAGAAACAUGGCCAGUGUUCCCGAGCCAGUACCCAUUGUAUCAUUGAAACAUUCUGUCUUGCCAAUGGUGUGUCUUGAUGGCUUUGAAUUGCUCCCCCCGGUUUCUUUUAUCCUAAAAUCAGGAAUGGGUCCAGUAUAUCUCAACGGGCAGCACCUGAUUUUGGAAGAUGACACCGACUAUGAGCCGACAGAUGAGGACAUUCCAGAUGAUGUCGAUGUUGAUGAGGACAGCUUUGAUGAAGAAGAAAUACCAAGUCCGGAGAUGCCAGCUGAAGAGACAUCGAAUCAAAUUUCCUAGCUGCAGCAAGUAUUAACUGAAGGAGAUCUGCCAAAGAAUCGAGUUGGGACUGGUUCCUGCCAAUGGAUUAUUCUAAAGAAGCCUGAUUAAAAAUGUAUUGCAGUAAAAGCAA